AUGCAGAGAUUAACAAGACGACGACUGGUGAGGAGUCUGUUCACGGUGGCGAUGUUCAGUCUGGUGGAUAUUGUCGAGUGGAGGCGAGAACAAGACGUGCAAAGACGACGAAUUGAAAACACUUGUGAAGCGCUCCGUGAUCAAAACAUCUCCGACCUCCAUCAUACACUGACAAAAGAUGUACUGAAGAAGCUCAACCACUUCUUCGUGCUGGACUCUCACAAGUUGAUUUACUGUUACCUUCCCAAGGUUGGCAGCACCAGCUGGAAGCGCAUAUUCCUGCUGCUCCUUGGCACAUUCGAGAAGUUGGAGGACAUCUCUCACAUGCGGGCGCACUACACUCCGAUCCCCAAACUCUCUGAUUACUCGCUGAAAGAAGCUGAACGGCGAUUGGCCGAGUACACCACUUUCAUGUUCACCCGUGACCCGCUUCAGCGAAUCAUCUCCUGUUAUCGGGACAAGCUUGAGAAAGAAAACCCCGACAACAGGGCCCUGCAGAAGAGUUUCAUCGGGAAACUUCGGCCGUACUUGAACUCCACCGAGUCGGUCUCACACCAUCCAGGAUUUCGCCAAGUCAAGUUUGGCGAAUUUGUCCGUUAUGUAAGCGAUCCACAGAAUGUCUUUCACAGUUACGACGCCACGGAGCAUUGGAUGGAGAUGUACAAGAUGUGUCAUCCGUGCUUACUGAAGUACGACUACAUCGGCGAGUUCGACCAUCUGACGAGGGACGCAAGUAUCAUUCUAGAAGAGACGGGAUUGAGGAGGAACAUCUCCUUUCCGGAACCCGAUAAUCCCACCAACAGCUCCGGCCGAGAUCUUUUCAAAGUGUACUUAUCUCAGCUGAAAAAUUCCGAGGUUGCUGCACUCAACAAACGAUACGAGAUUGAUACUUUUUUGUUCGGCUACUCUCCUAUCAGCAAAUAG